UUACUUGAAAAAAUCACAACUUUACGGUCAAAACUUACCACACAUAUCUCCGGCCGGCGAAUUCACUUAGCUCACACUCUCUGAAGCAGCACCCAAGAGAAAGGUUCUCUCUUUCUUCUCUCUUCGAUGGCUUUCUCAUACUCGUUAACUUCUCCUUCACCAAAUUCGACUCUCUCAUGUUCCAAUAUCCAUCAAUUUCUCAACCCGUCUUCGUCGUUUCCCGUCUCGUUAUCUGUCUCAUCUCCGAAGAGCACCCGCCAUCUUCGUCUCGUUAUCAUCUCCGCGGUGAAUCCGCAAACGGGACAGCCGACGAAGAAGGCCUCAACGGGUACCGGUGGUGGCAAUAGUAAUAGUAGUACGAACAAGAAACGUAAGAAAAAGGGGAAAACUGCGAAACCUGUGGACGAUUGGGAAUUGAGAGAUGCGGAUGGUCUUGACGAAGACGAUGAUUCUGAUUAUUCUUCUUCUUCGAGGUCUCUAGCAACGUUUAACUCUCCUCCUACCAUACCUAAACCACCUGCUGGGUUUGUGAUUGAUGAAACUGGUAGGGUUCUUAUGGCCUCUAAGAAGCGAAUCGCCACUGUGAUUGAUCCAACAAACAGUAGCCCUUUGGAUUGUGUGAUAAGAAGAGUAUUUACUAGUAGUAAAGGAGAGGAUUGUAUGCUUCUUUGCCCUGUUGAUACGCCAGUUCAGAUUUUGAAGAGCACAAAUAUUGAUGGAUGGUCAGCUGUCAGCGAUGAAGAGGUUGAAUCUCUUCUUCCUGCUGCUGCUUAUGCUCUUGCAAAGAUCCAUAUGCAUCUAGUACACAGCGGGUUCUGUUACACUGCAAGGGGAGGCUUUUGCUACACGGAAGAUAAUGUCUUCGAUUUUCGCACAGAUGAUGGCCAAGAUGUUGAAGGCUUGCCAACUGAAGGGAUUGAAAUUACGUGUUUCCAUCUGGAUGGAUCACACUAUAUGGUCUACACACCUUCAGAUCCACUUCUCUUUGUUGCUGCUAAGGAUCAAGAUGGGCUGCUGCAAAUUGCUGAUGAUGAGCUCUUAGACGAUCCAGCUGUGAUCAGCGCCAUAGACGAGGAAACCGAAUUCAAUGCCUUGGUGGAGGAAGAGGCGGCUCUCCUUGAAUCACUUCUUGGGGAAAGAAUUUAAAAGCUUUCAUAGGGACUACUUAGCUUUCUUUUGUGUUACAUAGUUGCUCCCCCUGUGUAAUUUUUCAGUUCUCUUUACCAUUUUGUGUUUUUUUUUAUUAUAAAAACUGAUUUUGCCUUCAUAAUGGAAUUUGAUAAUUGGGUUCAAUC